CUUGGGUUCUUGGGAUAAUAUUAAACAUUAACUUAUGAUGCUUUGCAAAAGUUGAGUAGUAUAUAUAAACAGGAAUAUGACCGACUUUUUCAUUGGUUAUCAAAAGUUACAGAAUGUAUAAUUAUUUUGUAGCAGUAAUUAACAGAGAAACUGGAUGGGAAUAUAAUCAUGUAAGAACUUAAAGUAGGUUUAAUGCGAGUGUAUAAAAAGAAAGGAUCUUUUAUGAACACGUCGAUCUGUUUUUAACAGCGUAAUAGUAAAUAUAUUGCCACGUUUUAAACAUUUUAGACAUAAAUUGAAGAGAUAUUAAACUAGAAAGAUUGUUGCCAUGGCAUUGUCACGUCUUAUUGCGCUGACAAGUAUUGUCUCAUGGAUUAUUUUUCUGACAGUAUUUUCCUUUGAAACAACAAAUGCUAGAGCUCGUUUAAGCUAUGGUAAAAGUGGUGUCAAUGACGUAAUACCUGUCGAAAGAUCCUCAAGCAUUCAGGAUAGGUCAAUGAAUUUGGUAAAGAAAUUUAUGAAGCUACUCGAAGACAUUUAUUUUUCAAGAAACAACAAACAGACGGUUAGAAGCUGUAGUUCAAGGCCAUGUAAAGCGAACCAAAGAUGUCAUCAAAAAGGUGCCUCACAUGUCUGCGAAUUCCCAUGGACAUGUAAAGAUGUCAAACUAUGUAGGCCCUCCUACACUGAUGGUGAAUACUGGCUAUAUUCGGAAGUUCUCGGAGGUCAUAUGGUCAAAAUAUACUGCGCUGGAAUGUCCACAGAAGAACCGCUAGAGUACAUAUCAGUAAAUGAAAAAGACAAUUAUGGAUUCUAUGCUGGGGAGCCAACGUUAAAAGACGUGUUCAAGAGAUUCAGGAAAAUACGUGUCAAUAUCAUGGAGGGGAAAAUCAUGCGUCAUGACUUCAUAUUCAGUACAAGUACUCCACAAGAUAACUCUGAUCUUCCCGAUCUACCGUAUGGAAGAGGCGGCGCUUGUAGUGCGGAAGGAUAUUUCAGCAUCUCCUUGCAAGGUACAGGGCUGAAAUUUAGGAAUGAGGUUGAAUGGAUUACAGAUGGUCAUAUACCAACAAUAACAAAUUUUCAAAGAACCAUCGACAACAACAUGAUAUCUGCAAACUGUGGAGGUGGCUGUGCCCGGUGCGAUCCUAACGGUGAAUUGUUUAUCGCCUACAACCAGAAUGAUGGGGGGAGUACACCACUGCCAAUUGAUGAUGAUGAGGAGGAGGAGGAUGUAAGUGAAGGUUGUGGCGGGGAUGAUGAUUAUGAUAAUGAUGAUGGUACGUCACCUUAG